AUGUUCUUCAAGCUCUGCAACUUCAUACGUGCUGAGUGGCUUAAUGGUAUUUUCUCCCCGACUAAAGAUUUGAUAUUCAAAUACGACGAGAGCCAUUUUGGCGACGUAUAUGAUUAUGGGAAAUUCCUACUGGAGCUUAUUACUGGAAAGUGUGUAAGGCCCGUUCACGACCAAGGGAAGGACCCCAUGAUUGAAUGGGCACUGCCACUUCUAGAAAAUAGUGAGUUACGUAAACUGAUGGAUUGCAGAUUGAAGGAAACUGCUGGUGAUGCUAGGAUGGUCCGGCAUAUGUCUCACGCUGCGCUGCGCUGCCUAAAAGUUGAUUCAGAUCACAAACUGUCUAUAAGUGAGGCCAUAGCCAUUGUUCGAGGUGAUGAACUUGCGAUUUCCAACCACUGA